AUGGCAGCCAAGGCCCCGGAGGAGCUGGACCGAGGCCUGGGCAGCUGCAGGGCCGAAGAGGCCCCCGCUCUGGCAGAGCCUUGCCCAGGACGGGCCCAGGAGGACGGGCUGCAGGCCUCUCGGGAGCCCGCGGCUGAAGGCGGCCCAGCCAGCGGUGUGGACGCCAGCCCCAAGAAGAUGGACAAGGAGCCUGGGGCCAAGGGAGCCCCGGGGCCGGGGAAGGAGCGGCUGAGAGUUGGCGCAACCGCGCCUGCCCCUGAGCCGUGGAUCCCGCCGAGGCCCCCGCCGAAGGCGCCAGUGUCGCCCGCGCCAAAGCCCGUGGCCAGGGCGCCCCCUUCACAGCCGCCUGUGCCCAAGGCUGAGGCAGGGGACAGGCCCGAGGGUCCCGGGGACCAGGAGGCUGCAGAGAAGGUUGAGGAGCCCGAGCCCGAGGAGGACACUGGCGAGAAGGCAGAGGAGGGCCCCGCCCCGCUCGCCCACGGAGGACCCCAGGAGAAGGCGCGGAAGGAGAGGCCGGGGAGGGAGGAGAGGCCGCGGAAGGAGAGGCCUCGGAAGGAGGAGAAGCGGCGAAAGGAGGAAAGGCCACGGAAGGAGAGGCCACGGGCCGCCAGGGAGCCCGGAGAAACCGCACCCUGGCGCUGGGAGGCGCGCGAAGGGGGCCAUCGGCCGUGGGCACGGGACUCCAGGGACCGGGAGCACAGGAAGAAGCAGGCCUGGGCCUCCCCGCGGCCCCAGGCCGAGGAGGACCGGUCCCCAGGCCGCCAGAAGCACCGUCAGGGCAAGGGCCGGGACUGAGGGGCCUGGGCCCUGCGCGCCGACCGCGGGAGUCCCCGCUCCAGUCCUCGGAGUACUCCGCAGCCCCACCAAAAUAAAGCGAGUGUUGCCACCUCCGGCCCCUGCUUCUUUGCUCCUGGAGCUGGGACUCGAACCGGGUCCUCAUGACGAUGGGGCGCUUCAGACGAAGGC